GUAGCAUAAACAACCGAACGGAUACGGAAGCGCGUCGCGUGUUGAAACCAGCAUCGUUGUUGUUUGGUUUGGUUUGAUUUUGGAAGGACUCUCUGGAGGUGUGCCUGCCUAUCCUGCGUCGUUAAUCUCUCCGAAUAGCCGAAUGACUCCUUUGUACCACGGUGCGUGCUUUGCGUGUGUUUUUGACUAGGGGGAUGGCGUUGGGGCAUGCGUUUUGAGAAUCCUUUCAGCAAGGAUAGGGUUGCCAGCCGGUUGCCGGAUUUGAAUGAUCAUUUGGCCGAAAAUAGAACGCCUUGAGUCACGACGACGUUGAAGUUGGUCCGGGACUCAAAGUGCAUCGCGGGCGCGUUAAGUUUCGGGAUAUUAAUAGCGUGGCGAGUCGACGUCGUUCGUCGUAUGCAGUGCGCUAAUGAUUUAAUUACGGGAAGAGAUUAGUGCAAUGUGCGCGCUGCUGGCUGGAUCAGACUGCUGAAAGGAGGCCGGGUAGUGCGAGGGCCGCCGGUUCCAAGAACGACGACUACGCCGUACGACGACGGAUGGUCCCGGAAAGUGAGAUUCGAGCAUAAAUUUAUGCCGUCUUGACAUGCGAGAUAGAGAAGGAACCGAAAGAAGGAAGGCAAAGGCAGCAUCCGUGCUGGGUCUGCGUGUUAGUGUUUGAUUCUUUGGAAGAUCUUCUUCGGAGGAAGGGAAGAGCAACGGGACGGGAAGAAGUUCCGUUGAAAGUGAAUCUCGGGAUCGGGAUCGAAUGGUGUUCAAACAAACCACGCCCGAUUGUGUUCGAUUUGUUUUUGGGAAUGUGUGUUUUAUCGCAUGGAAAGGUCCAUUAUUGGGAAGCUACGAAGGAAGCGCCACGGUGUAGAGCCUCGUAAAUCAACCCCGGUUUUUCGACGACGAUUUAUGGGCAGUUUUGCCACAAUGUGAAUCGGUGUUGUUCAGUGCCAUUAUUAUAGCAUCGAAGCAGAAAAAUUGAAUAAUACCCGAUCGAUACCCCCGUGGUGAAGAGUCGUGCAACAGUCAGUGCAGUUGAUGAUGCGAAUCUGAGGAUCCAUCCAAGGUGCGUCAACGGCGGGAGGUGUUAAUGAAGAAAUUAUAAUAUGAUCUAAGACGGCGUUGGAGCGCUAUUUACCAAGGAGUGUGCGAUCGACAGCACUGUUUUCGGGUGCUAUGUGGGUCAGAAGAGCAGCGCUAGACAUCGAUGAAGCUAUCGCCUCCACUACCACACUUGAAACACCUUGAACCCCGUUUUCAGCCAUCCGAAAAUUGUUAGAGAGCUCAUCAAACAUUCGAAUUACAAAAUGUAACAUGCAAACGAUAAAAGUGAAACGCAAAACAAAACAAAACACUACCACCACACACAACAGACAGUUGUGGAGAACGAACGAAACAAGGUUCGAGUAAACAAAUUUAUUCAAAUUCAAAACGCCGACAAUACCCGACUAUUAAAUAACACUUUUUUUUUUCAUUCGAAUUCAAACCCAAAUAAAGGGGAAAAAGGUGAUUCACGCUGCUGCCGUCUGGAGAAAAGCGGAAGAAGAAAAAUAAAGAAGUGAAUAAGUGUUUGAUGUUGCAUACAUCACUUUCCCGUGCAAUGAAGUUACCUUUAGAAUAGGAUAAGAAUACGAGAAUUGAACAACGGUGCACGAUGUGGAGCGUGGUCUUUAUUUAUUCUGGCCGACUGCCAACAUAAUGGUGAUAAUUAGAUGAAUGAAGCAGCGGGCUCGAGCGCGGAGCCAGAAGGUAAAGUGAGUGAGAAGUGGAAGUGAAACAGCCCGACAACCGGGGUAAAUUACACGGGGAGAAAAAUAAUAAGAAGGUGCGAAAUCGAGAUCGAGCAGUAAUCUUCGAAUUUGUGUGAGUGAUAAAUGAGCUACGGCGAACGGCGAGUCGGAAGUGCAGAUAAGGAUUGAAUUCGUCGGAGAAUAAUGGAUACCGUCUGCUGGAGAACGGUGCUCGUCGUCGGACUAGCGCUCUGCCAUGUUUCGAAAGCUCAACUCCGGACGCCCCGGAUAACGGAACAUCCCAGCGACGUGCUGGUGCCGAAAAACGAUCCCGUCACCCUCAACUGCAAGGCGGAAGGCAAACCGGAACCGGAGAUCCGCUGGUUCAAGGAUAGUGAACCGGUCAAAUUUACUCCGAACCACGUCCUGCUUCCCUCCGGGUCGCUGUUCUUCCUCCGGACGGUACACAGCAAGAAGGAACAGGACGGCGGAGUGUACUGGUGUGUGGCGAGCAACGCGGCCGGAACGGUGCAGAGCCGAAACGCGACGCUGCAGAUUGCAGUGCUUCGUGACGAGUUUCGGGUGGAGCCCAAAGACACCCGGGUGGCCGCCGGCGAGACGGCUCUGCUGGAAUGCGGCGCCCCCAAGGGCAAUCCGGAGCCGACCAUCAGCUGGAAGAAGGACGAAAUCAUGCUGGACCUGGACGACUUUCGGUCCAGCAGCAGCAGCAAGGAACCGGCCCGGGUCCGGAUAGUGGACGGCGGAAAUCUGCUGAUUAGUGACGUACGGCCGACCGACGAAGGCCGGUACCAGUGUCUGGCGCAGAAUAUGGUUGGCUCCCGGGAGAGUGGCUCGGCCAAGCUGACCGUGCAAGUGAAGCCAUAUUUCAUCAACGAACCAACGGACAUCACCGUCCUGGUUGGACAGAGGGUGCAGUUCCAGUGCACCGUUGGGGGUGAUCCACAUCCGCAGAUUCUGUGGAAGAAGGAGAACGGUCACAUCCCGGUGGGCCGAGCGGAGAUCCUGGAAGUGGACCGAAGUUUGAUCAUCAAGAACGUGGCCCAGGACGAUCAGGGCAUCUACAUCUGCGAGGCGCACAACUCGGUGGGACAGAUAAGCGCCAAGGCGCAUCUGAUUGUGAACUCUGCACCGACCUUCAUCAUCAAACCUCAGGAUCAACGAACGAACCUGAACGGAGUGGCCACCUUCAAGUGCACGGCUUCCGGCAAUCCUCCCCCGUCAGUCUUCUGGACCAAGGAAGGGUCCCAGACGCUAAUGUUCCCGAACAAUACCUACGGGAACAUCCACAUCUCCAGUCAAGGUUCGCUGCAGGUCCGAGGUGCCCAGAAAGAUGACGAUGGAUACUUUGUUUGUUCGGCACUCAGUGUAGCAGGAUCGACUACCAGCAGAGCCUACCUUCAGAUCACCAGCUCCUUCGACAGCAGUCCACCCCCGUUGCUGCAGGUGGUCCCGUCGAACCAGACCCUUCCGAGAGGCAGCAUCGCUAUGCUACCUUGCCGGGGUUCCGGUCCGACCAGUCCGAAAAUCUACUGGAAGAAGAAUACCACCGACAUCACCGCCCUCGGGUCGCGCUUCUCCAUCAUCCAAGGGGGGACGCUUAAAAUUGAUGACCUUCAACCCGAAGACACCGAUUGGUACUCGUGCGUUGCCUACUCCGAGAAGGGAGAAACGUCCUGGAGUGCAUUUCUGCUGGUCGAGAAAAAUCUCUCCACUAUGCUGCACCGAUCGAACAGUCCAGAUUUGCUCCCGGUGGCGCCAUCGAUACCCAAAGCCGUCAACAUCACCAACAGCAAUGUCACUCUGGUAUGGACAAAGAUUGGCGGCGGCGGUGGUGGAGCACUGCAGGACAAACUGUGGAACAAUCCCGUUAGUGGCUACAUGGUGGAAUUCUACAGCCCGGACGAGAAGAAGGGAUGGAUCCGGGCGGUGCGAGUUCCGGGCAACACUGCUACGAUCACAAAUCUCUCGCCGUCAACUUCGUACAUCUUUGUGGUGCGGGCGGAAAACGCUUACGGUUACUCGGCUCCAUCCACGCUGUCCAACGUGAUCCGGACCCUCUCCGGCGACGAUGGCGUCACCAUGCCGGAAGAACUGGAAGCCGCCCGGAUGGUGCUCAAUGGCAAGAUCCUGGAGCUGGUGGACGUCGUAGCGAUGGGCUCCACAUCCGUUCGCCUGGAGUGGCAGCUGCACAUCUCCAGCACCGAGGAGUACAUCGAAGGCCUGUACGUACGCUACCGCGAUUUGGGUACCAAUUCGCAAAAGUACAGCAUGCUGACCAUCCCGAACAAUGCCGCCGAAACGCAUGUGAUCAACAAUUUGAAUAAAUUCACGCGGUACGAGUUUUUCCUGACACCGUAUUUUAAGAACGUCGAAGGCCAACCGAGCAACUCGAAGGUGGUGCAAACGUUGGAGGACGCUCCGACGGCUGCUCCGGUGAACAUUCAAACCGGAAUGCUAAACCUGACGGCCGGCUGGGUCAAGUGGUCAGCACCUCCGAUGGAACAUCAGAACGGAGUGCUGCUGGGGUACAAGAUUCAGGUCAAAUCUGGAAACACAUCGAAGACGCUCGCUUCGAUGACGCUGAAUGCGACGACCACUUCGGUAAUGUUGAACAACUUGACGACCGGGGCAACGUAUCGAGCUCAGAUUGUGGCGUUCAACCGAGUCGGUGCGGGUCCUUACUCCAAACCAGCGUACUUGAUCAUGGAUCCAGCUCACGUGAUAGCUCCUCCAAGGGCUCACAACUCUCUCAGUGACAUAGGAGGCUAUCGGCAUCAUAAUUUCAUGCACGAAACGUGGUUUAUGGUGUUUGUAGUGCUGGCACUGCUGAUUAUCCUGACCUUCACCGUCGUUGGUGUGAUCGUGUUCAUCAAGAAGCGACAGAAUAUGAGCAAGGCCAUGGUGACCGUACCGGUCAUCACCACUGGAGAUUUGGCAAAUAUGAACCUUACUCGGAAGGAUUGCCUCUGGAUCGAUCGCGGUUGGAGGUCAACGGAUACCGACAAGGACUCAGGGCUGAGUGAGAUGAAGCUACUGGAGGGGUCGCACAAUCCUUCCAACUAUACGGACGUCGGCACGGACUACGCUGAAGUCGAUCCACGAAACAUCGUUUCGUUCUACAAUUGUAGAAAGUCACCGGACAACCCUUCGCCGUACGCGACAACCAUGAUCAUGAAUGGUCUUCCGAGUGAAAACGGUAAGCUACCCUACCAGAACGGCCCAAUGGGCCAUGAAACAUACUCAUCAGCGACGUCAAGUCUCCGCUCGGACAUUCCCUACGGCCCGGGUCAUCCGAAACCAUUCGCCAUGCCGUACAGUACAGCUCCCUCUAACUGGAUCGACUUCCUACCUCCCCCACCGGAACACCCGCCACCCAUUCCGCAAGCUUUAGAUCACCAUCUGCACCUGAACCACGUGUACCCUUCGGAGCUGGUCGGAAACACCACCGGCUCCCAGGGAUCACGCUGCGGUUCGGGCCUCUCAACCAGCUAUAACGCUCACCACUCAUAUCAAUACGUAGAUCCGUCACUGCUGGGACGCGGCUCUUCCCGCAGCAGUAGCAACGAGCUCCGAAGUCCCCCGGGACAACCAUCGCAGCCGCAACCGCCGUCUCACCUAUUCCUGCCACAUCCACCGCAUUCCGCAUCGUCCCUCACCAACGGGUCCCAGCCGAGUGAGGUGUACUUCAACGACGACAUCUACAACAGCCCGGUCAAGAGCUCCGAUCCUCCGGGGAUGCAACAACCCCCGUCAUCGUCACAGCACUUCAAGCUACCAAGUUCCUCAUCCGCUUCGUCAAUCUCCUGCUGUCCGUCAUCGAAUCAGUCACACGGUAGUCAUCGCUAUCAACAGCAGUUCCACCAGCAACAGCAGCAGCAACAGGCCCAUCAAGACUUCCUGGAGUAUCAACAGCAACAGCUACAGCACCAGCUGGGGCAUGCGCCUACGUCGUCCGAGAUGCAUAUUCAGCAUCAGAAACGAUUAUGCGGCAGCUGCGAUGCCCUGCCCGGAGGUGGCCCACCAAUGAAGGUGAUUCCCUACCCCCCGGGAUCCACCGAUUCUCACCUUCAAAACCGCCCACCUCUGUUGCACUCCAUCAGCAAUAAUGGGAGUACCAGCAAUUCCACCGAACAUGAAAAUGCGACCUGCUUCAAUGGCACCCACACUUGCUCCUCGGACGGUUCCGGCACCGGAAGCAGCGGAAGCGGUGGCUUCUCCCAGCGGUCCAAGUUUGCCCGCAAGGUGCAUGUAAAUAUCGAAAAUGCCAUCAAUGGAAACUAUCAUCAGCAUCAUAAUCAUCAUCACCAUCAUCAUCAUAAUCAACAUAAUCAUCAGAACGGACAUCAUCAUCAGCAGCAGCAACAGCAGCAGCAGCAACAGGAGACGAUCAGCGAACAUGAAGAGACUGAAAACGACAAAAUGCUUAAUAGUUAUAGCUGUGACACCGAAGGUGAGGUGACAACGACGCUUAGCAACGGUUGUGGCCUCGGACGGGACGACUGCGAGGACGACGGGGACGAUACCUGCUGCUCGUGCAGCGAGGAGGGAUCCUUCCUGUACGAGGAACCGAUUCAGGUCAAGUAAAGUGGCGGUGGUGUUCCUAAACUGUUACGUAGCCUACACUUAUCCGACCGGUAAUGACAAAAGGCAACGAAAUCCUUUUCCUAUCAGUAGAAGUAGUGGUUGCGCAGUGCGAUAUUAAGAUUAUCAGUAGAAGUUUUAGAACGGAAAGAAAGCCGAUUGUUUCUGAAGGCACGCAGGCAGGAGUGUAAUUUAUUGAAAUUUGAUUAGCAGGCACCGAAGCUGAGGCGGCGGGUGGGCAAAUUAAUUCCGUUUAUUUAGGAAGCGAUACAAAGUCUGGUCAUGAACGGAGCGUAAAUCGGAAAGGGGUUUUUGUCGUAGCUGUUCCGCCGAAAGGAUUUGUUGAAAUUAGCGAGGAUGAGAGGAUCCAUGUGGAGGGAUUUUGUUGAGUUGAGAAGUGAAGAAAAAAAAUGCAAACAGAGUAGCAAGAACCAAUUGGGAAGCCUGGGUUUAGCAUUCAGGUCUGCUCGA